CGGAGGUGGGGCUGCUGGCGGCGUUGCUCAUUUGAUCCCUCAGGUCUCUGUCCUCCAUCCUCCGCUCUGCUGCUGGCCAGCUCCCGCCGCCCGGCGUCCGCGGCUUGGCCUUGCGCCCUCCUUUUGGGACUGCAUUCGGCCAUGGGCCCGCUCCCGCCGCGCCGUCGGGCCGGGGGCCGCUGAAGCGCGGUGCCAAGAUGGGCGAGGGCGGAGUAGGGCCCGAGCGCCAGCCCAAGCAGCCCGGGUGCCCCGCGCGCGCCCGCCCGCGUCGCCGCGGGGAUGCCCGCGCCCGUCGCCGCGCCCUGAGCGCCUUUGUCUGUUGCCCGCGCCGCCCGCUGCACCCCUAGCUCGGCAGACGCCGGAGCAUGGAGCGGGGCUGGCCCCCUUCCCCACCGGGCCCAGAGGAGCCAGUGCGCGGGGACCCUCUACCUGAGGCGCGGCCCGCGGAGCCCGAAGACUGCGUGCCCGGCCGGCGCGGCCUGCCCCCCGGGGCGUCGCGUGGGGUGGGCGAACGACUGCUGGCACGUCACGAGCCGCCCUCGGACCCGAACCUGAAUACGCCGCUCUCCGGAGAUCCCGCAGCCACCUCGGAGGAUGGUGCGCGCCUCCGCGCUGUGUUCGACGCCUUGGACGGGGACGGGGACGGUUUCGUCCGCAUAGAAGACUUCGUCCAGUUCGCCACGGUCUACGGGGCGGAGCAGGUGACGGACUUGACACAGUACUUAGACCCCAGUGGGCUCGGCGUGAUCAGUUUUGAAGACUUCUGCCAAGGGAUCUCAGCCAUUAGAAGUGGAGAUCCCGAUGGCCAGUUGUAUAGCAUGCCACCUGCCCAGGAUGAAGACCCUCCCACUUGUGCUGAUGAGUUUGAUGAUUUUGUCACCUAUGAGGCCACUGAGGUGACAGACAGUGCAUAUAUGGGCUCCGAGAGCACCUACAGUGAGUGUGAGACCUUCACUGAUGAGGACACCAGCACCCUGGUGCACCCUGAACUGCAUCCUGAGGGGGAUGCCGACAGUGCAGGGGGCUCCGCUGUGCCCUCUGAGUGCCUGGACACCAUGGAGGAGCCUGACCAAGGUGCACUGCUGCUGCUUCCGGGCAGGUCCCGUACUCGUGGCCAGGCUGUCGUCAUGGUGAUUGGUGGCGAGGAGCAUUUUGAGGACUAUGGGGAAGGCAAUGAGGUAGAGCUGUCCCCAGAGACCCUCUGCAAUGGAGAGCUGGGGUGCAGCGAUCCUACUUUUCUCACCCCCAGCUCCGACCCGCUUGCUGCAAAGCUGCACAGCAUCCUCACUGACGAGGCUUUUGAGUUUUACUGUAGCCAGUGCCACAAACAAAUCAACCGCCUUGAGGAUCUCUCAGCCCGCCUGAAUGAUCUUGAGAUGAAUAGCCCAGCCAAGCGACUCUCCAGCAGGAAGGUGGCAAGGUAUCUGCACCAGUCAGGGGCCCUGACCAUGGAGGCCCUGGAGGACACUCCAUCAGAGCCUGUAGAAGGCCCAGAGGAGGACAUUGCUGACAAGGUCGUCUUCCUGGAGAGGCGGGUGUCAGAGCUGGAGAAGGAUAGCGUGGCCGCAGGGGAGCAGCACAGCAGGCUGAGGCAAGAGAACCUCCAGCUAGUACACAGAGCCAAUGCCUUGGAGGAACAGCUGAAGGAACAGGAGCUGAGAGCUCACGAAAUGGUACUAGAAGAGACCAGAAAGCAGAAAGAACUUCUGUGUAAGAUGGAGCGAGAGAAGAGCAUCGAGAUUGAGAACCUGCAGGCUAGGCUGCAGCAGCUGGAUGAGGAGAAUAGUGAGCUCCGAUCCUGCACGCCCUGUCUGAAGGCCAGUAUCGAGCGUCUGGAAGAGGAGAAGCAGAAGCUGCUGGAUGAGAUUGAAGGGUUGACGCUGCGGCUCAGUGAGGAACAGGACAACAAGAGGAAGAUGGGGGACAGGCUGAGCCAUGAGCGCCACCAGUUCCAGAGGGACAAGGAGGCAACCCAGGAGCUAAUUGAGGACCUCCGUAGGCAGCUAGAGCACCUACAGCUCCUCAGGCUGGAGGCUGAGCAGAGGCGAGGCCGCAGUAGCAGCAUGGGGUUGCAGGAGUACCACAGCCGCACCAGGGAGAGCGAGCUGGAGCAGGAAGUCCGCAAGCUCAAGCAGGACAACCGCAGCCUAAAGGAGCAGAAUGAUGAGCUGAAUGGGCAGAUCAUCACCCUCAGCAUCCAGGGUGCCAGAAGCCUAUUCUCCACAGCCUUCUCAGAGUCCUUGGCUGCAGAGAUCAGCUCAGUCUCCCGUGAUGAGCUCAUGGAAGCCAUCCAGAAGCAGGAGGAGAUCAACUUCCGCCUACAGGACUACAUUGAUAGGAUCAUCGUGGCCAUCAUGGAGACAAACCCAUCCAUCUUGGAGGUCAAAUAGGGCAGCAGAGCCCAAUCUGGGCUGGCUCAGGACGCCACCAGCAUCCCGAGUGCCCCGCUACACCAUAAGGAGCCAAGACCAGCAGGCCCCCGGCCUCCCAAACCCAGGGUGUGCAGGACCCUUGGGGAGUGGGAAAGAGAGGAAGAAGGGGAAUCUCUGGGACUGAGCCCACAGCAGGCAGGGAUUGUGGCAGGGCCUCCCCACCUCAUGUUGCCUGGCUGUAGUGCCCAUGUGUGCUCAUCAGGGACGGGCUCUAAGCUGUGUGCAGAGUUCAAGACAGCUUCUCAGGCUAGGUGAGCCCUCUGACUCCUUUGCAGCAGACCCGUUUUCCCUCUGUACAUCCCUGUCAGGUAGAAAGGAAGAAAACGGGUCCUUACCAGAGCUGCAGCUGCCCACACAAGCACCCUUACGUGGUGCCACUCAUCCCAAAAUCACUACUGAAUGGUGUUCAAGUCCUGGAGCCUCCCAUGGGACACGGGAAGGGAGGCUGGUAUGUGUAGGUCUGGCUGGGAAUCAUGUGCCCCUCAGUUCUCCUUGAGUGGCUUAGGCCAUCACCCAGAGGGCCACCUUUGUUUAGCUUCAGGACCAGGGGCUUCCAAACAGCCAUCCUAUGCCCUGACUCAUUCUAGUAAUUUCAAGGGCUCUGUGGGUGGCAGGAGUGCUCUAGAACCUUUUGCUCUGAUACUACAGCUUGAAAUCUAGACUGUGGAAUUCACUUCCUGCAUGGGGUAGACACUGCUGGUCCCUUACAGGGGCCACUGCUCUGUGGUUACAACCUGCUCUGACCUCCUGGAAUCUACACUCUCCCUAGGCAGAUGUCACUGCCCUGGAUGAAUCCACAUUUCCCAGGCUAGAUUCCACAUGUCUAGAAUCAUGUUUUCUUCUGGUUUCUUCUAGGCAUCUUACCUGCUUUGUUCUUCCUCUGGGUUACAUCCUGUAGCAGUGUGGGCAGGGCUGCUCUCCAUGGGCAUAGGAGUAUUGGGUGGCGUUUCUGUACAUUGCCUGUCCCACCCAGGAAGGCAGUGCCACAGCUGCUGGGCUCUCCCUGAGCCUGGGAGCCCCCUGGGCAUUUCCAGGUGGACCAAGACCCGUCACAAAGACUGGCCACCCCACUGUAUGCGUGUGUGUGCGCGCGUGCAUGAGUGUGCGCACAAGUGUGAAUGUAUGUGUGCUGCCCUGCAUCCCUCACGUGGCCCUUCUACACUAAAAUUUAAGAUGUUGCCUCGUGUUGUACAUUCUGGGGAAAGCCUUGGGUGUAAAUCAGUGUAAACUUGGAAGAGAGAUUUUUCUAUCAUGUAGACUAGGUAUUUUUUAUAGAUUGAAGGUUGAUCAAUUUUUUAAUACUUUGCAGAGAGAAAAACUAUCUGUGUAUACACAUGAAAAAAAAUAUAUAUAUAUACAUAUGUAUAAUAUAUAAAUACUGGAGCCCUGCCUUUCUGUGCCCAGGUCCCAGCCCUGUAACAGAGGCUGUGGCCUGUCCUGCUGACCACUCAGCAGUCUUGUGACUGUAAAUACUAGUUUCCAGGAGACACUGAGGGACACACCAAUGGCCAACUUGCACGUGGCACCUGCUUCAACUCCUGAGAGAUGACUUCUGCUUGGACACAGGAGGCUGGAAGGCCAGCAGGGUCUUGCCCAAUGUGUUUGCCACCACAGAUUAAAGUUGUUACUACACACACAAAA